AUUAUUCGUAACUCUCCAAAGACACUCUAUUUCUCUUCUCCUCCACUUAUCUUUCCUCUUUCUUGAUUUGGAGAGAAGGUUGGUUACAAAGAACCAGGAGAAGGAAGACUCUUUGCAUCUGCGCUCUUCUCCCGCCAUGUUCUCGUUGAGCAGAUGCUGUUUUCUGAACAAUGUUGGCAUAUACGGGUCGUACAGUCCCAUUACUUACAGGCAGAAGAGACAGCCCCCAACUUCAGUUAGAGUAAUAGCUUCGGGCCCUGACAGAGACAAUGACAGCGUCAUUACAGAGACCACAUUGAAGGAAUCCAGGGAAAAUGCUGCCUCUGUCCUGCACGCGGACUCUAAACCCACCGUCUCUGCUGAGGUCCACGACAUCUACGAAGACGACGCCGCCGCCACCGAGGAACCCCUUGUCACCACUUGGGCCAUCUCCGUUGCUAGUGGGUAUUCUUUGUUCCAAGAUCCACGCCACAACAAAGGGCAUGCCUUCACAGAGACACAGAAAGAUGCCUACUACUUGAGUGGUCUUCUUCCUCCUCAAGAACUUCAGUUUGAAGAGAUUGCGAAAAACAAUGCUUUCGACUUGCUUGAAAAAUAUGGAGCUGCUCACCAUGUCUUCAACGAUGAAGCAGAGGAAAAGAUGGUUCCUAUUGAUGAGAAAGGAUUAGUGUUGGAUGGUGGAUUCGUGGUGCCACAGACCAACUCAUUUGGUCAUACCUUUAGAGAUUAUGCUGUGGAAAGUGAGAGGCAGCAAGCUGUGGAGAAUUUCUACAGGUCCAAUCACAUUAGCCAGACAUAUGACUUUGUGAAAAGGAUGAGGGAAGAGUAUGGGAUACUGAACAGGAUGGAGAUGAGCAUAUGGGAGUGCUGUGAACUUCUUAAUGAUGUUGUUGAUGAGAGUGAUCCUGACUUGGAUGAGACUCAAAUUGAGCACUUAUUGCAAACGGCUGAGGCCAUCAGAAAAGACUAUCCCAAUGAGGACUGGCUUCAACUAACUGGCCUCAUUCAUGAUCUUGGAAAAGUCCUACUUCUUCCUAACUUUGGAGGGCUUCCUCAGUGGGCUGUUGUAGGCGAUAUUUAUCCUGUCGGGUGUGCUUUUGAUGAAUCAAUUGUUCACCACAAGUACUUCAAGGAAAACCCUGACUAUAACAAUCCUGCUUACAAUACUAAAUAUGGAGUUUACUCAGAAGGAUGUGGGCUCAACAAUGUGAUGAUGUCUUUUGGGCACGACGACUACAUGUAUCUGGUGGCCAAAGAGAACAAGACUACCCUUCCAUCUGCAGGUCUUUUCAUUAUCAGAUACCACUCAUUCUAUGCAUUACAUAGAUCAGGAGCAUAUAAACACCUAAUGAAUGAGGAGGAUGCCGAGAAUCUGAAGUGGCUCCAUAUAUUCAACAAGUAUGACCUAUACAGCAAGAGCAAGGUGCGGAUCAAUGUUGAAGAAGUCAAGCCAUACUAUCUCUCCCUCAUUGAAAAGUACUUCCCUGCAAAGUUAAGAUGGUGAGUACCAGGGGUUAUAUUCGAAUAAAUUAAGGAUCCAACAUCAGGGUUAUUACUGGCUUGAAUAAUCAUCAGAUGUAGGCAUGGUGUUUUUGUUUUCAAUAGAUGCCAGAGAUAUGCUUUGUAGUUGUGGUUUGAGUUGACUCAUGUAUUGGCUCUCUAAUAAAAGUAAUCCAGUUCUCCCAAUAAAUUUGGCAGGGUCCUGAACCUGCUACGAGAAACUGGAGUUCAGUUUUUGAAUAAAUAUCAGAAAAUAGA